CGGGGUCGUCGGGGUCGUCGUCGUCGGAGGUGCUGCACCGGAUGUACGACACGACGGUGGAGCAGUGCGAGAGCGUGAAGAGAGACUACGACGUGCUGAGGAAGCGCUACGGAGAGCUGUCCGAGCGACACGACUACCUCGCCUCCAGGUUGCACAUGGUGCAGGAGGACAACUCGCGCAUGAAGAAGAAGCACGAUGACGUCGUCACCGAGCGUAACGGCCUGAAGAUGCAGUGCACGUCGGCGUUCCAGCAGUGGAACGCCGCGCUGGGGGAGCGUAACGAGUUCAAGGAACAGCUGAACCAGAUGCGUGACCAGCGGGACAAGACGCGGAAGGAGGUGCAGCAUCUGCUGGCGGCUAAGAACAAGCUGGGGAAGGACCUGACGCGGGUCACAGAGGAGAAGAAUGCUGCCGUGCAGGAGUACACACUGGUGAUGUCGGAGCGUGACACGGUUCAUAAGGAGAUGGAGCGACUACAGGAGGAGAUCGUACAGGCGGGCAAGCAGACGACAGCGCUCGACCAGGACAAGAGGCAGCAGAUGCACGAGAUCGAGACGCUGCGCCAGGAGAUCCAGUCUGCGAUGUCCGACAGCCACGACCUCUUAGACGACCUUUGUUGCUGUGACCUCUGCCAUGACCUUUGUUACGAACUUUGCCGUAACCUCUGUGACGUUCUCUGUUGUGACCUCCGUGAUGACCUGCUGUCACCUCUGCCGCGACCUCUGCUGUGACCUCCAUGACCACCUAUGCUGUAACCUUUGCGACAACCUCCAUAAUGACCUCUACCACGACCUGGAGCUGUGAAAUCCUCUGCUGUAACCUCUGCCACGACCUCUUCUGUGACUUCUGUUGUAACCUCGUGACCUCGCCGCUCCUGCCACGACUUCUGCGAUGACCUCUGCUGUAACCUCUACUGCCACCUCUGCUGUAACCUUUACCAAGUUCUCUGUGAUGACCUAUGCUGCCACCUUUGUGAAAACCUAUGCUCUAACCUCUACCACGACC